AUGGGAAAUUCGACCAUUAUCACUAUUCUUGGUUCAGUUGUUCAACAAUUCAAUUUGUAUAUUCCAAUAUUAUUCAUUUUUCUUGGCAGCAUUGGUAACGUUCUAAAUAUCAUUAUAUUUCGACAAAGGUCAUUGAAGUUUAUACCGUGUUCUAUCUACUUUUUAUCAUCAUCGAUUGCCAAUAUAUUUGUCAUUUACUUUUCCCUGUUUACACGUCUAUUAACACAAUAUGCUGGUAUACCAACAGAUACGGGUUCUGAUACAUUUUGUAAAACAAAAUAUUAUAUUCUUUAUUCAUCGCGCACACUCUCAGCAUGGUUAAUUGUUCUCGCAGCAAUUGAUCGAUAUGCGAGUUCUAGUCAAGAUUAUCGACGAAGAAAAUUUAGUCGAUUAUCUGUGGCAUAUUCAUUAAUUGGUAUCAUCAGCGGUUUCAUAUUCAUUAUCUACGUUCAUGUCCUCGUCUAUUUUAAAUUAACCUUUAUCAGAAAUCAAUAUAACCAAUUUGUACCAUCGUGUCUUCAACAAGCAGGUUUCAAUAUUUACCCGGUCUUUUCUGAUUUUUUCUUUUUAACAUGGUACUGUCUAUUACCACCUUUACUUAUGGCUAUCUUUGGAAUUUUAACAAUUAAAAAUGUUCGAACAUCACAACGACGAAUUAUGGCUAAUAACAAUGCAACAUUAAAACAACAGCUAAAGAAAAAUAAUCAAUUGGUAAAAAUGCUUUUACUUCAAAUAUUAAUAUUUAUUCCAUUAACAUUACCAUUAGCCAUGCAGAAAAUAUAUACAACAUUAACAGUGAAUUCAGUUAAAAGUGCCUAUACCUUAGCUACAGAUGAUUUUAGUGCACAAACAAUAGCUCUAUUAUCAAAUGCUUAUCAUAGUAUUAACUUUUAUGUUUACACACUCUCAGCUAGAACAUUUCGUGUUGAGUUAUUGAAAAUCUUUCAUUAUCAUCCUGAACGUCGAAUCAGAGAUAAUCAUCAUCUAACAAACACAACCAAACGUGAAUGUAUCGUUAGAACUGCAUAA